AUGGAGACGCACAGUGCCCCAUCGGCUCUCUUCCUCCUCCUCCUCGCCGUCUCCUCCUUUCUUCUCACCGCCUCUUCUCCCCAGUACUCGCAGUUGCAGAGCUACAUCAUUCGAAUGCGCCUCCCACGGAACGCCACAUUGGUCAGCGCCCAGGCACUGGACGACUGGUACAGAUCCUUGCUCCCUCCCACCGCCGCAAACUCCACCGAGCCCCGCAUUCUCUACACCUACAGCGCCGCCAUGACCGGCUUCGCCGCCCGGCUAACCGAGGAAGAGCUCAGAUCCGUCGAGAGGAAGCCAGGUUUCCUGGCGAGCUUCCGGGACAGACAAGUGCCGCUCCUGACCACCUACACGCCGCGCCUACUCGGACUUCUCCCCGGGCUUGGCCUCUGGACACACUCCAACAUGGGAAAGGGCAUCGUCAUCGGCGUCCUGGACACCGGCUUGGUCGACCACGCGUCGUUCGCCGACCAGGGAAUGGAUCCGCCUCCUGCGCGUUGGAGAGGCUCAUGCGCCCCUGGCCUGCAGGGCGCUAUCUCCUGCAAUAACAAGUUGAUCGGAGCACAAUCCUUCGUGAAAAACGAGUCCCCCGUCGACACCAUAGGUCACGGCACCCAUACCGCCAGCACAGCCGCCGGCAAUUUCGUGGCCGGCGCCAAUGUGCUCGGCAAUGCCAACGGCACCGCCUCCGGCAUCGCGCCGCGCGCGCACCUGGCCAUCUACAAGGUCUGCGGGCGCUUCGACUGUACCGUCUCCAGCAUCACCGCCGGCAUGGAGGCAGCGAUCAAAGACGGCGUCGACGUGAUGUCCCUCUCUCUCGGCGGUGGCCCGAUCGCUUUUUACGACGACGUGAUCGCGAUUGGCGCCUUCAGCGCCGUGGAGAGAGGAAUCUUUGUGAGCUGCGCCGGAGGUAAUUCCGGCCCGAUGGCGACCUCCCUCUCCAACGAGGCGCCUUGGGUCCUCACGGUAGCUGCCAGCACCAUAGACCGCAACAUAAGGGCGACCGUGAGGCUGGGGAAUGGGGUCGAGCUCGACGGCGAGUCGGCCUACCAGCCGAACAGCUACCCUUCCGAUUCCCUGCCGAUGACAAUCCCAGAUGGGAGCCUCGACGGUCCCAAUUGCUGGCAGGGGUUGGUCGAGGCGGAGGUAAAGGGGAAGAUGGUUAUUUGCUCGAUAGAGUCCGGAUCAAGUAUCCUCAUAGGCGACAACAUAAAGUCCCUCGGAGGCCUGGCGAUGCUGAUGGUCAACGGCGAGCUCGACGGCUACACCACAAUGGCCGAAGCGCCGAAUCUGCCUAUGUCCUACCUCAAUUACAUCAACGGCUCUAGCGUCGCUCACUACGUGAACGCGACGCAGACGCCGAUAGCCUCCAUCAUCUUCAGGGGCACCGUUUUCAAGGUCUUUCCGGCGCCCACCGUCGCUUAUUUCUCUUCACGAGGACCGAAUUCCCAGAGCAGAGGAGUGUUGAAGCCCGACAUCUUGGGACCGGGCGUCAACAUCCUGGCGGCGUGGCCCAUUCAGGUCGGCCCAAAUUCUUCCCAGACCACCGGUAACACUCAAACCACCUUCUUCAAUAUGAUCUCCGGCACUUCCAUGUCUACGCCUCAUCUCAGCGGCGUCGCUGCGCUCAUAAAGGCAGCGCACCCGGACUGGUCACCCGCCGCCGUCAAAUCUGCAAUCAUGACGACCUCAGAUAUCACGGACAAAGACGGGAAUCCCAUAAAGGACGAGCAACACAACAAGGCAAGCUUCUUCGGCAUGGGAGCCGGCAACGUCAACCCAUCUAAGGCGGCGGAUCCCGGGCUAGUUUACGACAUCGAGCCGAACGACUACGUUCGCUUCCUGUGCGGGUUAGGCUACUCCGACAAGCAAGUCGAGGUAGUGACCCACCGAAAAGUCACGUGCGCCGAGGUGGGCAAAAUCAGGGAGGUCGACUUGAACUAUCCGGCUAUAAUUCUAGCAUCGUCGUCCGAUUUUGAUAGAAUCACGGUGACCCGCACCGUGAAAAAUGUCUGUAGCGAGAAAUCGACAUAUAAAUCGAAGGUGGAUGGCCUAGAAAGCGUGGCGGUGGAGGUCUUGCCAGAGACGUUGGAUUUCUCCGGCAAAAUCAACGAAAGUAAAUCGUUCAACAUCAGCUUCAGCAAGAAAAUUGCGCAUCCUCCUACGCACGAAGAAGGACACUUGUUGUGGAUCUCUGAUACAAAAUCAGUCAGGAUUCCUAUCCUGAUACUUGUUUGA